GCCUAGCAACCAGCUACAACAAAACUGCCAGCGCGACAGUGAUGCUAAUGCGAGCUACUUGGCUGUAAGGAAAACAAACCAGUUUAGCUUCAUUUUAACAAUGGUGAAAGAGACGAUUCAGAUAUUUGCCCGCAUUAAACCUACAAAGAAAACUGUGGCGGUGUAUUCUGUGGACAAUGAGAACCAGACAGGUGCCUCUCUGGAGUUUUUCGUGCCCAAAGACCUGGCUGAUGGCUUUGUUAACAACAAGAGGGAAUGCUACAAGUUCAGGUUCCAGAAAGUGUUUGAUCAGGUCAUCAAACAAGAAGAAAUAUUUGAAAACAUCGCCAAACCAGUUGCAGACAGUGUGUUGGCUGGCUAUAAUGGCACCAUAUUUGCAUAUGGCCAGACGGGCAGCGGGAAGACCUUUACCAUCACAGGAGGGGCUGAGAGGUACAGUGAUCGUGGGAUUAUUCCUCGCACCCUUUCCUACCUGUAUGAACGCUUCAGCCAGGACAGCAGCAUGGUUUAUACCACACACAUCUCCUACCUGGAGAUCUACAAUGAGAUGGGAUAUGAUCUUCUGGAUUCCCGACAUGAAGCAUCUCGCCUGGAGGAUCUACCAAAAGUAAUGAUCAUGGAGGAUCAAGACCAAAACAUCCAUCUAAGGAACCUGUCUCUGCAGCAGUCAGUGAGUGAGGAGGAGGCUCUGAAUCUACUCUUCCUGGGAGACACCAAUCGUAUGAUUGCAGAAACUCCCAUGAACCAGGCGUCCACUCGUUCCCACUGUAUAUUUACUGUGCACCUAUGCAGGCGUGAGCCCGGUUCAGCCACCCUGCAGCGAUCUAAGCUCCACCUGGUGGAUCUGGCAGGAUCGGACAGAGUUAGCAAGACUGGUUUAAAUGGGCAGCUGCUCACUGAUGCAAAGUAUAUCAACCUCUCCCUCCACUACCUGGAACAGGUGAUCAUAGCACUGUCAGAGAAGAAUCGUUCUCAUAUUCCCUACAGAAACUCCAUGUUAACGUCUGUGCUGAGGGAUAGCCUUGGGGGCAACUGCAUGACCACCAUGAUCGCCACUAUGGCGGUCGAGAAAAGGAAUCUUGAGGAGUCCAUUUCGACAUGUCGCUUUGCUCAGCGUGUGGCUCUCAUCAAGAAUGAGGCAAUAUUGAACGAAGAACUGGAUCCUGCACUGCUGAUAGCACAGUUGAAAAGGGAGAUCCUUUCACUGAAGGAGGAGCUGGCCAUUGUGACUGGAGAGCAGAGAGAUGACCAACUAACUCCAGAGGAGAUCCAGAAGCUGGAAGAGCUCAUCGGUGCUUUUCUGGAUGAUCCUGAUCCAGAUGCCACGCUGUCAUUUGGGCCAGAUAUGAGAAAGAUCAAGUACUGUUUCUCCCUGCUGAAGUUAAUGAUUUGGGACAAAAGAGGAAGAAAAAACAGACGUGGUGAUGACAAAGAAAUACCAGCAGCAACAGUGAAGGAAGAAGAAAUUCAACACAGCCACCACGGUGCAGGAGAAGUGGUCAAAUUAAAGGAGAUGCUUCAGCAGCGUGAUAACGAGAUUAGCAUCCUAGUUAAGAUGUUGAAGAAGGAGAAAAAAAGAGCCCAGGAUGCUGCUGCUCAGUUUGCUAACACCACCAAUGGACCGAGCCAGUCCUCUCAGAGUACAUCGAGUGUGUCCACAGUGGUGCUGUCGCAAGAAGGAAGUAUGGAAACCGUCUCAACAGACCAUGGAGGACGAGCUAUACAGUAUAUGAAAAGAGGUCCCCAGCUGUCUACAGGAAAACAAGAGGCCUUUGAGAUCUUCAUAAGAGACCAUGAAGACCACCUAACCAUUGAAGACAACAAGAGUCUACUCAAACAGAGCACCAUAAGAUCAGCAGAGGCCAGAAAACUCUGGGAGCAACAGAAUGAAGCCAGAAACAGAAUCACUGAACUGAAGAAGCAGCUGGACGUGCGGAGGAGACAGAGAGCUGCUCAUGGUGUCACAGAGAAUCACGCAGAGUCUGAGGAAGAGUUUGACCCAGUGGAAGAAAACCUCUGUAAGCACAUUAAAGAAGAAAAAAAAGGUUACAAGAGCAUCGUUGGCCGUCUAAAAGCACUGAGGACCGAGAUUGAGCAUCUGCAGCUGUUGUUGGAGAGGACAAAGGUCAAGCUCCAGAAGGACUUCCAUAAGUGGUGGAGCCAAGAGGCUUCCAGUCUACAGGAGUCUGAGUCAGAGGCCGCAGCCAGAAGUCACACUGGUAUGCCGAAUGGGACCUUGCAGCCAUCUUCACUUCGAGUUCCAGGAUUUAGGGCUCCUGCUCUCAGCAGUACUGUGAGCGACUCGCUCGCAGGCCGAGACCUGAAUCCACACCCUUCCACCUCUUCGGUUCAAGAGCUCAGAAGUUGUACCCCUGAAUGCACACCUCCAGUACCAGCUGUGGCUUCCUGGCAGAACAAGCCUGCGAGCAGGAAGGUGGCGGACUUCACCCCUUCUUCUGAGUGGAAGGCCCUCACCUCCACCACAGCCUCAUCCUCCUCUAUUCCACUGACUGGAGACCAGCAAACUGAUGCUGACAUCUUGGCUUUUAUCAGGGCCAGGCAGAAUCUCCUCAGCAGGACAGGAAAGCAUCAGUGAGGUGAAGUUGAACCUCCACAUCUGCCAGGUGAAAGAAUGACCCAGUAUGUGUGUGUUAGGCUUCUCCCAAAAACAAAACACACACACACACACACAAACACAGCUGCUCUGAUAUGCAUACACUCAGUUAAUGACUUCCUACUGAAGAUGAUGUGGAAAUCACAGCCUGCACUGACUGAUAUGAACAAAUGUUUUCUCAAGAUAUCAGAAGAAGGAGCGGCCAUUCAGAAGCCGCUGGCUUCAGUUUGUGGAUGUAAUUCAUAAUUAUUUAAAUGAUGCAGACACAAAUGAAUUUUUCCAUCUGAUUUCAGUUUAUUCAAAAGUCCGUAAAAGUAUGCAAUAGAUCUACAGGAUAUUUUUUGUUAUUUAAUUUGUACAAAACA